CCAUUUUUCACGUACUGUUCUCAGCAACAAGGGGAACCUAUUCUAUAUGUAGCAUAUUAUACUGGAGCUCUUAGGUUCGACAGAAAUUGGGCAGAAUAUGUCAUCGGAUUCAGGGACAACCAAAGUGGGGCAGAGGAUUUCUGGAUUGGGUUAUCGAACUUACGAUACCUUACUUUCGAUCAAGGACUUCACGAUUUCACAAUAAGAGUAACAUUAUCAACAACUACCGACCAAUCGUCAUUCGCAAUCUUGUACCAAAACUUUACCGUUGGUAACGCCACAUCCAAAUACAAUUACCGUUAUUCUAAUUGGGUUGCCACAAAAAACGGACCGCUGAGCUCAGUGAGUGAGCUGAAGAACUGUCUGACAGCAGGCCCUGAUGGUAGGGGCUUCUCUACGCCUGAUGCUGACAAUGAUGCCGACAACCAUCCAGACAGUUGUCCGGGCAUGACACGGUCGGGUUGGUGGUUCUAUCUGUGUGAACGUAACCUUGACUGGUGCAACCCGUUCGGGCGAAUGCUU